CCGUUGGCGCCAUUACUGUCUUCCUUUUGCCGGGGUGGGCAUCACCGCAGGCGGCCACCGCUGGGACCCGAGGAGAAAGGGACGGGGAAGCGCCUGGAUACUCUCCGCACCUCUGCUCGCACUUUCACCCGUGGAUAACAGUUCAUCCUGCCUGACCCUAGGUUUUCCCGGAUGUGGAAGCGACGAAUCGAGUAUCCGCCCUGAGUGCCACCGUUAGCUCGCAGUCCUGCCGCCUAGUGGGGGAUUGUGGUUUAGAUGAUCCCGAAGGUUCCGACCGUCCGACACCGUCGCUGAUGGACCCUCCGCAGCUCACGUGUUAGCACCCUGGCUCAGCUGUCUUAUCAUUGCAGAGUCCAGUGACACUUGAGGAUGUGGCGGUAUGCUUUUCCCAGGAGGAGUGGGGGCUCCUUGAUAUAGCCCAGAGGCACCUAUACCAUGAUGUGAUGCUGGAAAUCUUUGAGCUCAUGAUCUCACUUGAUUGUUGGCAUGGAGUGGAAGAUGAGGGGGCCUGUUCUGAGCAGAAUGCUUCUGUAGAAGGGGUGUCACAGGUCAGGAUCCUCAGUGCACAUCCUUCCACCCAGAAGACUGACACCUGCGACAUGUGCAGCCCAUUAUUGAAAGACAUUUUGUACCUAGAUGAGCAUCAAGGAACAUACCCUAAUGUGAACCCCUACACAUGUGGAGCAUGUGGAAGAGGGUUCUGGUUCAGUGCACACCUUGCCCAGCACCAGAAGGAACACAUUGGAGAGGAACCUUUCAGAUGGGACAAAGACAGGGACUCAUUUUUGAAGACCUCUGUAGUCUGCUUGUCAGAGAAGCCCUUCGCUUGCAUGAAAGGUGGUAAGCAUGUCUCAGAUAGUCAUGACCUCCUCCAGCACCUGACCAUCAACAGCGGUGGGAAGCCACAUGGGAGCAAAGAAUGCAGGGAGCCCUUCCCACCCAGUUCUAAUCUUGAGCAGCUCUUCACAUGCAGUGACUGUGGCAGAGACUUCAGGAACAGCUCCGUCCUCCUCACACACCUGAGAACUAACUCUGAAGAGGUUCCAUUUAGAUGCCUAAGAGUUGGAAAUUCCUUAGAGGAGAAAUCAACUCUUGUUAAUUACCAAAAAUCUCACCCUGUAGAUACAUCUCACGUAUGUCAGGAUUGUGGGAAGGCCUUUAGUCACCCAUCUAAACCGAGGAAACACCCAAAAUUUCACACUGGAGUAAAAUACUACGAGUGUAGCGACUGCGGGAAAACCUUCAGCCACAACCUCACACUUGUUCAUCACCAGAGAAUCCACACUGGAGAAAAGCCUUAUGAGUGCAGCGAAUGUGGGAAGGCUUUCAAUAACAGGUCACACCUCACUCGGCAUGAGAAAGUCCACACUGGAGAACGGCCUUUUGAGUGUAGCAAAUGUGGAAGGGCCUUCAGCCAGAGUUCCAAUUUCCUUCGGCAUCAGAAGGUUCACACCCAAGUAAGACCAUAUGAGUGCAGUCAGUGUGGAAAAGCCUUCAGCCGCAGCUCCACUCUCAUCCAGCACUGGAGAGUCCACACUGGAGAAAGGCCUUUUGAGUGCAGCGAGUGUGGGAGAACUUUUAACAAUAACUCCAACCUUGCUCAGCACCAGAAAGUCCACACUGGAGAACGGCCUUUUGAGUGUAGUGACUGUGGAAGAGACUUCAGCCAAAGCUCCCACCUCCUUCGACAUCAGAAAGUUCACACAGGAGAACGGCCUUUUGAAUGCAGUGACUGUGGGAAAUGUUUUAGCAAUAGCUCCACCCUCAUUCAGCACCAGAAGGUACACACCGGGCAGAGGCCUUACGAGUGCAGCGAAUGCGGGAAAGCUUUCAGUCGCAGCUCCAGCCUCAUUCAGCACUGGAGGGUUCACACUGGAGAACGGCCUUAUGACUGCAGUGAGUGUGGGAAAUCCUUUGCUCACAGUUCCAGUCUUAUCGAGCACUGGAGAGUUCACACAAGGGAAAGGCCUUAUGAAUGCAAUGAAUGUGGGAAAUUCUUUAGACAAAACUCCAUUCUCAUUAAACAUCAGAAGGUUCACACUGGAGAAAGGCCUUAUGAGUGCAGCGAAUGUGGGAAGCUCUUUAGCCGAAAGUCCAGCCUCGUCUAUCACUGGAGAGUUCACACUGGAGAAAGGCCUUAUGAGUGCAGUGAGUGCGGGAGAGCCUUCAUCAAUAACUCUCACCUGGUUCGUCACCAGAGAGUCCACACACAAGAAAGGCCCUACGAGUGUAGCCAAUGCGGGAAAGCUUUCAGUGAAAGGUCUACACUUAUUCGACACCAGAUAGUUCACACCAGAGAAAGGACUUAUGAGUGUGGCCACUGUGGGAAAAUCUUCAGUCGCCUCUGCAACCUUGCUCAGCAUAAAAGGAUUCAUACCUGAGAGGAGCCUGAUGGAAAUUGUCUUCGUGAGAAAAUUUCCAGCCAAGUCAAACUUCAUACAGCAGAAUUCCCAGAGAAAAUACCUGCAUGUACCAGUGGUGUGGAAAAAGCCUUCAGAAGCUACUCUGCCUUUUCUGAGCAGCCCAGGAACUUGGGUAGGCCUGUCUCCCUGCCCUGCCCACCCCCCCAAAAGCAUACUCCUCCUGGAUCCAAAUAUUUGCAGUGGUUGUCUGCCUCUGCAUGCAAAACACUCCGUGUGCCUCCUUCCCCUUUCCUGGAGGGAAUCAGGACUGUCCUGGCCUGUUGGAAUGGUUCCAUUCUCAUUGUCUUUGAGAGGCUUAGGGAAUGACCUGACCCCACGCUGGUUGAGAGCCCUUGAGGGAUGUCCAGUUUGGGCUUCUUAGGAAGACGGACGGAUGCUAUUAAGUUGAAAAUGUUCCCAAUAGUUCUAGUGUUUUUAUUCUGGUGUUAAUAUUCAUAACUGUCACCGUGAAGACCAAGUUCUUCAUAUGCCAGUCACAAAGCAUCAGUUUGCUUUGUUACAUAAUGUUAUGUGCUGCAGCACUAACCCCAUAUAUGAUGGUAAUGCCAGGCUUAGAUGAGGUCAAGAGGGCAAGGCCCCUGUGGUGCGAUUAGUGUCCUUGUAAGAAGUGAGAGACCAGGGCUUCCUCCCUCCUCUCCCUGUGGAGACGGCAAUAGGAUGGCCGUCUACAAGUCAGGGAGAGAGCUUUCACCCAGGAACCUGGAUUGAAAGUGGCUGGCACCUGGACCGUGGACUUCCCAGCCUCUAGAACUGUGUGAAAUUUCUGUUUAAGCUGCCCAGCCUAUGGCAUUUUGUUAUAGCGGCUGGAACAGGCUGAGACACCAAGAGGUGAGGAAGGUCCCCCUCCCCUCCCACGGGCAUCUACAGAGCAAAAUGGUGUUGGUCUCAUUGACUAGUUUAGUCUUAUUAGACAGUAUCGAACUGAGAAUAGUGAGACUUUCAACCCACUGUCCUGCUUAAUAUGGAGACAUCCACGUUUGUUCAUAACUGUUCCCAAAUUGUUUUGUUUACAUGACUAAAUAAAUGGACACUGCCAUGCUGACAUGGGGUCCAAGCAUGUCACACACCGCAGUGAAAAUAUAAGCACUUUGCAUCUGUAGAUGAACCUGAAAAGGCAAGAAACAUGCCAUCACUAGUCCCUGG